AGGAGGUCGGGCUGUCAUCGCCCAGCGCGAGAGGGAAACCAAACCCAAAUCAAUCAAACCGCGCCCGAAAAGCACAAGCCGCAGCAGCAAUGGCGGGCCUCGCCGCCCUCUUUGCCUCCCCCGCUCUCCCCUUCCCCUCCACCUCCUCCUCUUCGCCGUCAUGCUCCUGCCGCUUCCGCCCCGCCGUCGCCUGCGCCCCGCGGCACCAGCCCGCGCCCCGCCGCGUCACGCGCCGCUACGACGAGCUGGAGGGGGCGUCGAAGAAGCGGCGGGGCGUCAUCGGCGGCGGCGGAGGGGGCUCGCUGGCGUCGUCCACGCGCAAGGAGAAGGGGCUCUCCGUUGAUUUCAAGGAGUCGCAGGUUGCUGAUUUUGAGGACCUUGAAGAAGACAAAUUCUUUAAUGCUGUUGUUAAGGUCUACUGUACUCAUAUUAGACCUGAUUAUGGGCUUCCUUGGCAAAAGCAGAGGCAAAAUUCGAGCACUGGGAGCGCUUUUAUGAUCGGUGAUGGUAAGCUGUUGACAAAUGCUCAUUGUGUUGAACAUGACACCCAGAUUAAAGUAAAGCGAAGGGGAGAUGACAAAAAGUAUGUCGCCAAGGUUGUAGCUAGGGGCACAGAAUGUGACCUUGCGUUGCUCUCUGUUGAGAAUGAAGAGUUUUGGCGAGGAACAGAACCACUUCAACUUGGUCGUUUGCCAUGCCUUCAGGAUUCAGUCACUGUUGUCGGAUAUCCUCUUGGUGGAGACACGAUAUCUGUAACAAAGGGCGUUGUAUCACGCAUUGAGGUCACACCAUAUGCACAUGGAACAUCAGAUCUUCUUGGCGUUCAAAUUGAUGCAGCAAUAAACGCUGGAAACAGUGGUGGACCAGCUUUUAAUGAGCAAGGGGAAUGCAUUGGGGUGGCAUUUCAGGUAUUCAGGUCAGAUGAAGCUGAAAAUAUUGGAUACGUUAUUCCAACUACAGUUGUAUCCCAUUUCCUGAAUGACUAUCGGAAAAAUGGAAAAUACACAGGAUUUCCUUGCCUAGGUGUGCUACUCCAGAAACUGGAAAACCCAGCACUGCGUGAAAGCUUGAAGGUACCUUCGAGUGAGGGUAUUCUUGUCCGCCGGGUUGAGCCUACUGCUCCAGCAAGCUGUGUUCUGCGAAAGGGAGACGUAAUAGCAAGUUUCGACGGUGUCCCUGUAGGAUGUGAAGGAACAGUACCUUUUCGCUCCACAGAGCGGAUUGCUUUCCGCUACCUCACAAGUCAAAAGUAUGCAGGUGAUGUUGCCGAACUAGGUAUCAUUCGGGAAGGCAACUUCAUGAAAGUCCAGACUACUUUGCAUCCAAGAAAACAUUUAGUCCCGUUCCAUGUUGAAGGGGGCCAGCCUUCUUAUCUGAUAGUUGCCGGUCUUGUCUUCACACCUUUAACAGAACCAUUUAUAGAGGAAGAGUGCGAAGAUACUCUAGGGUUAAAGUUGUUGGCAAAGGCACGAUACUCUCUGUCGACUUUCGAAGGCGAGCAAAUUGUAAUUGUGUCGCAGGUACUGGCAAAUGAUGUCAACAUUGGGUAUGAGCACAUGGGCAAUCAACAAGUCAUUAAAUUAAAUGGAACUAUGGUAAAGAACAUCCACCAUCUUGCUCAUCUUGUGGACACCUGCCAAGACAAGUUCUUAACAUUUGAAUUCGAAGAUGACUUCCUCGUUGUCUUGGAUCGGGAAGAAGCAAUGGCUGCAUCGUCAGAUAUUCAAAAGGAACAUGCCAUCCCCUCGGUAAGGUCUUCGGAUUUAUCAGAGCCCUAUGUCGACACAAACCAUGAGGUCCAAAAAACAAGCGAGGAUUUCGGUGACAGUCCUGUCACGAACUUUGAAAUGGGAGUUGAUUGUCUACUGUGGGCAUGAGAAAUUGUCAGUGCUCCAGCUUAGAAACAAAAGAACACCGCAACAAAACAGAGAAUGGGGAUUUUCAGUAGUAACUAAUGAUAAUAAAGCUCGUGGGUUUUUUCAUCUGCCCGAUGGCAAAUAGGAGCAGCACUACGUUCAUUGGACAUACCACUUCAUAGCGGCUUAAGCCGAGCCAUGUUGUACUUGUAUCUCGAUGAUGGAAGGUUAGCUUAGGCAGAGUAUGUUGUAUUUUAAAAUCACAGAAUGUUUCAUUCAUCAACAUUUAUGGUGGGAUUGUGGACAAGCGUUGCGGCGGACCCAUUGGUCCUCCUUUGUACAACUAGACGGCAACCAAUUCUUUAAAUUUUGGAAGUGCAAUAAAUUGUAAGAAAUUUUGUUGCAUUA